CAAAUCUGCCAAAUGUCAAAUUUACAACUGAUCCUCUCUAUCUUUGACACUUGAUCACCUCAGCUGAAAAAAAAAUUUAACAGAAGUAUGUUCUAGCCACGUGGCAAAAGUUCCAUGAGGUCCUCUUGUAAUUUCAAAUGCCGGCAGCAGCAAAGAUGCUUAAAACAAUAGAACUCUCCUUUUGUCUCCUACUCCCCGAAGGUUUCUCAGAAAACCCAACAGAACCAAACUCAUUUCCAGCACUACCCUUGAUCGAACAAAUAGAAAUGUGAAGCAUAAACCAACUCAAGAGGACAUUCAAGUAAUUUCAAGCGACUCAUAAUCGGCCGGCUGGCCAUGUGUAUAUCUAUUUUGCCGCCACUUUCAAAAUGUUUGUUUUUCCUCUCAUAUAUUUCCAAAUCUCCAUUAUAACAACUUUCUUUCUUUAUCCUUUGUCUCUCAAGAAACCAUGAAGAAUGACAAUGACCCUUUACUCUCAGAUCAAUCUCUGAAGCCAAGAAAGCCAAAAUCUCGUGGAGUAAGCUCUAGAUUUUUGUCUCCAACCACAAAUUCACAAGAUAAUGGAAUCCCAUCUCCAACUCGCGGCCAAGCUUCGUCACCACUUGCUAAUAAAUCCACCGAUAGCCGGAAGCACCGGGACUCCGGAUUCAUUCGAGGCCUUUGGCCCUCUUCAUCGCCUUCACAUUCAUCAUCCAACAGCAAUGAUCUUGGCACCCUUGCUGAUCAUCUUGGAAAUGAGAGACUCAGAGAUUUUCUAGAGAGGAAAAAAGCUGAGAAAUCUGCCAAUAAUACUGUAAAUGUGUUUUCGCUUAGUAGGCAAAGAAGUAGCUCUGAGUACAGUAGAUUUGAGAAUGAAAAAGAGAAAGAAAGCAUGAAAGAAAAUCACAGGCCAAUUGGAGGAUCCAUGAGAUAUACUGGGAAGCUUCACUUUCCUCGAAAAUCAUCUUCUUCUUCUUCUUCCUCGUCAUCCUCUUCAUCUUCGAAUACAUUGUCUAACAAUUCUGGUUUUUUGCCAGGAAGACUAUCAGUUGAUGAGAAUGAACUAUAUAGAAACUCCAAAAAUCUUGGUGCAUCUCAGCGAAAAUCAGAUUCUUUUACAGAUAAUCUUGAUACAGAAUCUGAGUGCAGUGAAAAUCGUUCAGCAACAGAUUAUGCAUCUCCGACUGCAGGGAAAAAUUCAAGAAAAACCGGUAUAGAGGUAUCUUCCAAAUAUUUGCAGGAUAUUCCUACAAGGUCAAGAAGAGGAACAUCAGAUACUAACAUUCAAUAUCCAGUAUCACUUGAUGCUUCUCCAAAAAUGAAGAAAUUUACAAUUAAGAAUGCAAUUAAAAGGGCUAAUUCUCUUACUGGUUAUGGGAGUGCCACUUCACAAUGGGCGUUAUCACCAGGGCGAUCAGGAUCGCCACCAAUGUCAGUAGAAAGUAAAGGAAGGUUAAUGUCCUUCUCGAGUUUGAAACCUCCAUCAAGCCCCUCUAAGUCUAAAGGUGUGGAGAAAUUGCUGAAUUUGGGAUUGGACUUGUUGAAGGGCAAGAAAUCUUCUUCAUCAAAUUCAUUGCUGGUGGGAUCUGGGAAUGCAGAGAACAUUCAUCAGCUGAGGUUGCUUCAUAAUCGGCUGAUGCAGUGGCAAUAUGCAAAUGCUAGAGCUGAUGCUGUGAACGGGAACAUAAUCAAACAAGUAGAGAAUAAUUUGUUAUGUGCUUGGGAUAGUCUUGCUAAUUUGCAAUGCUCUGUGCCGCUUAAGAAAUUACAACUUCAGAAGGAAAAGUUUGAGAUGAAGCUGGACUUUGUGCUCAACUCUCAAAUUAAACUACUGGAAGCUUGGGGAGACAUGGAAAGGCAGCACUUAUCUGCAGUUUCGAAGACCAAAGAAUGUCUACAUUCUGUUGUUUGUAGAGUACCUCUAAUUGAAGGUGCAAAGGUGGAUCCACAACUAACCUCCCUUGCACUUCGACAUGCAUCUGAUCUAACAUCUUCUAUCAAAUCAGGAUUAUUAACUGCCUUCUCAGCUUUGACAGAGAAGAGUUCUAUGGUACUUUCGCAACUAGCAGAAGUGGUUUCACAAGAAAAGUUAAUAUUACAGGAAUGCUUUGAUCUUCUACAGACAAUAUCCAUGUUGGAGAUUCAAGAAAGUAGCUUCAAGUGCUAUAUAAUACAGUUGAAUUCAUGGCAGCAGAAGCAGCAGCAGCAGCAGCAUGAAAUCCCUUCAUGACUUGUUAAUCUAUAUUGAUUCAAUCCUCUUUGCCCAGUCAUCCUUUAUUAUUAUUAUUAUUAUUAUUAUUAUUAUUAUUAUUAUUUUAGCUUUCCUAUUUUGAUUUUAUGUAAAUAAGUUAAAAAGUUUUUAUAAGUAACG